UAGAGCGGUCGUCGCGAGAACACUUCGCUUGUCCUCGCGUGUGGAGGACGCUUCGCAUCUCCGACUCGUGCGCAGACGCAAUGCUCGCGCUGCGCAGCCGCCCCGAGGGUCCCCGUGGCCUCGGGGCCCCCCCGAAGAAGGCGAGCCCGACGUGCGCGACCCCGCGAGGAGUCGCCGGUGGGGACGUGAUCCUCACGCUCGACCAGCUGCUGAAACGCGACGGCGGCGGCGUCGGAGCGAGGGCUGCCCGCCCCAAGGAGACGGAGCCUCCGAACGGGAGGCACAAGACGAAGAAGAAGGCUGCGUGUCUCAGCGGGGUGUUGGAGGAGAUCGCGAAGCUGAGCCAGGACUUCUCCACGUACCAGGAGGAGCUGCGCAGAAAGUCCAACACGAGCAGCCCCAGGUCCGCGUCGUCGCUGUCCUGCGCCUGCAACGGCCCCGAGACGACCCCCGUCGCGACCCCGUCCCCUCCUCCGACCUGCACGCCGACCCCGGACGGUCACGGCCCCACGGAACAGAUGAUGAACGAGAUGAACACGUGGCUGAGCUUCCACCUCGGCGUGGAGGAGAGAGAGGAGGAGGAAGGGGAGAUGGAGCACGAGUGCGCGGCCAUCCCUCCCACGGUUCCUCCACGGAGCACCUCCAUCGUGGGAGGGCACAGUUCCUCGCCGUGCUCUCCUCGAAGCAGCAGCAGCAGUAGACUGAUGCAGCUGAUGAUGCAGCAGCAGCAGAAGCCCUUGGACAGUCGCUCUAGUGUGGAGCAGCAGAAGCAGCAACAGCAACAACAACAGCAGAAGCAACAGCAGCAGCAACAACAAAAACAGCAGCAGCAGCAGCACUUGGACAGCCGCUCUCAUGCGGAGCCGAAAUCCCUCGGCCGCCCGGUAACUCUUCCGGCGUCUGCCCCACCGCGACAGGGAGCUGCGAAGUCAGUGGGAACGGUGAGCCGCAGCAGUAGGAGCGGCAGGAACAGAGGCAGCAGCAGCAACGGCAAAAGCAGCAGCAGCAGCAGCAUCAGCGGCAUCAGCAUUAUCAGCAGCGGCAUCAGCGGCAGCAGCGGCAUCAGCAGCAGCAUGAAAGCGCCCACUACGCCCGAGCUAGGGAGUCGAACCCGUAGGGAUGGCGUCUGUGGUCGGGUCGGGUCUGCGGACGCAGCGUCGCGGGGACACCCGGUGAAUGCUGGCCGUGCGGACGCGAUGCAGGGCGGCGAAUCGACGGGCACCCUGCCGCCCCUACAAACGCGCUUCUCUCUGCCCGCCCGUCCCUCCAAGCGCCGUCUCCCCUCCCGCUGGGCCGGCCGUGCCCCUCCGGAGAGCCCCGACUCCGGCCGGCAGGAGCCACCGAGCCAGCAGGAGCCACCGAGCCGGCAGGAGCCCGCCGCUCGGCCGGCUCCUAAAGGCGCGCGCCCGCCCACCGCGUGCCCGCCGGCGCCCAAAGUGGACCGGCCCCCCGCUGACUCGUACAACAUCCACGACAUCAUGGACAUUUUGUCGUGGGGGGACCUGCGGUCGUCCGCCGUGUAAAGUGAAAAACAAAAGAGCACCCGGCGCUCGCGCCUCCCCCCCUCCCCCCGCCAGCGCCACACGUGGAGGGGCACGCACGCGCAUGCACGCGACGUAUGUCAGCACACAAAGACAAAGAUCCCCCCGUAUAGACCUUAACAUAAUGCUGGGGCAAGUGCUGUUGGUGAACACCUAUGAAGCCCGACACGGCACACGAGGGGGUGGGUGGCCAGAAAAACGCGCGGCCGCCUUUAUCUCCCCCGUGCUGUUGUAUUCACACACACACACCACAUCAGGUGCCCAUUUGAGGCUGAGUCGACCUAGGGGAGGCCCAGGAUUGGCUGGUCGUAAGCGGGAAUCGAUCUCGGGUCCGCUGGGUUCGUAGCGCGGCGCACAGCCCGCGAUACACGACCGCCACUCCCCAUCCUACACACAAAGGGUUCGUGUUCUAUGCACGUCAGCAAAAAAGACUCUGCCGAGGCCAUCAGUACCUGCGAAUGCGACACGCAGCGAGCGGGACUGUAAAUAUUCAUCCGUUAUCGCUCCAACGCGUUAUAUGAAUGUUGCUAAAGUCUCGCUGGGGGCUUUUUAAUUUUAUUUAUUCUGGAAUCCACUGCAGGAUGAUUGUGUUCAGCUGGGCUCUUCUCUGUUUCAUCGCUGAAUUCUAAUUUAGUUAUUUGCUGUCCCAGCUGUGCUCCAAACGUGCGGCACAAUGCUGUAUGCCGACACUGUAAGACUAGUUCAACACUUAGGCUUUCGCGACCCAUAUAAUUCAUAAUAAAGGUGUUUGGGUUAUAUUGCGUGAGUAUAAAUGCGUCGUAACCCUCCACCACCCGACACGGCCAGUAAGGUUUGUCACGUAAACAACGCGCCAAUUAGUAUACUACGACAGCCCACCGGUGUGUUGGAGAGUAAAUCCACAACAUUUACAAAUUGAAUUCGACGUUUCGCUGGUAAUUACAGCAAGCAUCAUCGGGCGAUAGGCCAGAAUAAUUAUCAGGACUCAGCAACCCGAGUUCGAUUCCCGGCCACGGAUAACAUCAGUGGUGAGUGACAUCUGAAACGGGACCUGGGCACUUCACUCCCCUUCAACAAACCGCAUGGUGAAAUAUGGUCAGCCCCCCCCUCCCCCCCAUCGCCCUCCACCCCCAUCACCUCCCACCCAUGGCCAAUCAACAACAGCGUGGGUAGGUCGUCAUCCAGCAGAGGAUUGACAGAGGGCUGUACAUAUAUUUGUUUUCAUUGUAAUUGUAACACGAUGCCUUGUAAUGUGAUGUGGUAACGUUUCGUGAAUAGAAUGUGAUGCAACCACUGCUCGAUUACAAACAGUAUGUGCAUGGCAUGCCGUCCGCGUCCAGACGGAUGCGUUGUUAAACUAGUGACAUGCCGUGAUCAUGAGGUGCGCUGUAAAUAAUUAGCAUUGUUCAUAAGUGAUAAGAAUACGAACACCGGAAUACUGCACACGGAUAUGGCAUUUGCAUUGGAUACGAACACAUAGCCAAAGGUCCCCCAUAUAGCAUUAAACAGACUGUUGGGGCAAGUGAUGUUAGCGAGUAGCACCUAUGAAGGCCGGCAUGGCACACGAGGGGGUGGGUGGCCAACACCACGCCCGGCCGCCUUUGUCUCCCAAGUGGCGCUGUUUACACACAGCACCAGGUACUCGUUUGUGGUUUGAGUCGACCUAGGGGAGGCCCAGGACCGGUUCAGAUAAUCGUCACUGAUGUUGGCCGUGAGCGGGAAUCGAACCUGGGUCGCCGGGUUCGUAGCGCAGCGCGCUAAUCGCUGUACUACCACUCCUAUACUACCACUCCUCACAUAGACAACAACCGCCAUUCGCCACUAUCACCACGGCGCUUGUGCCAGGCCAUGUGCACGUUGAGGUCACGUGAAGUGUCGAAUUCCCGCUGGCAGGAGGUCACGGGACAGACCCAGCAGGUGCCAUGGGUCGACUGACUGAGAUGACUGGCCGAUACACCACCUGUAGAUACACACACACACAUCCUGAAUAUGAUCACGUGGGUAUGCAAUUUACAUAGGAUAUGAACACACAGAUACACUUAAUAGGAUCACGUGAGUAUGCAAUGUACAUUAUGUACGAACACACGAACACACAGAUACACUGAAUAUAAACGCAUGGACAUGCAGAGUAUAUAUUGUAUAUAUUCACAAACCGAGUUGAACGUUGGCUUAAAUAUUUAUAUUGAAGUGUUCCUGCCAUCGCUGUUUUAGAUGUUUUGAUUUUUUUUUAAGAUGAUUGAUGUGCAAAAGCAAUGUGCCGUGGUUUUGUGUACGUUGUACAAAUGACAUCGCUAUGAGUAGUACUUCACCAUUUUUUUGAUAACGCUUGAGUAUGUAAUGUUACAUGAGGCAUGCAGCAGCUUGUAUAUUCGUACAGAUCUUACCACUGUCUGUACGCUCACCUGUACGCAUACCAGUACGCGUACCUGUAAAUAGUGGAAAUGCGUACAUGUGACAAAACCAUCCAAUAGCCAGAGGUAUAAUCGGGAGAUGCCCAAAGAAAACGCGUCCACCUAUUUCUAAAUUUCCCGCAGAUAUCACAUUUAUGGCAAAUACCCACGCCAUCAACGCUGCCUGCGGUGCUUCUUGAGUUACAAUUAUAAUGACAGACAACGGCCAGUAGAUAACAAGUAACACGAUAAAGAUGAUAACGAUGACAAAAAAAAUCUUAGAAAAAAUACCAAUAAUCCCGUGAUUUGAAAAGAACGGUAAUUCGGCCACUCGUCAAUAGCCAUAAAAAACCAUAGAAAACAAGACCACGUGGCCAACGUUGCGUCAACGUUCGUCUAACGUUGUUGCAACGCUUCCAACCACGUGGCAACGUUGACCUACGUUGACCUAACGUUGGCACGUUGCUGGGUUGGGGUCUCUAUGAGAGCAAUCGCAACCGGCCGAAUACCUUCACUCAAAGAUGUUUUGUUUUUUUCUCGCUCUGCGGCUCGCGGCUUCAUCAACAACACAACAACCUCGUACGGUGGUUUGAAAAGGUCGAAUUGGCUGUGUAUGCUGAGUGAAUGGCCCAUUCUGUGCAAGGGCCCUAUCAGAUCUCUCGCGGAUCUGCUGCGUGAUGGGCUGGCUGGCAGCGAGUAAGCGGCGGUGAGUUUAGUUGGUUGUCUGUCAGCGACGGGUGAGUUAAGUUCACCGGUCGAUCUGCCGCGCGGGAAGGGCCCAUCGCCAUCCACGCAUGCUGUAUAUUGUCCAUCGCUGUGAACACGUGCUGUAAGUAUGCCUGUAAACAUAUUUAAAGAAUA